CGCACUAUACACGGGAUUCCACAGGGCUAAAAUGGAGGAUGUUCCCACUGAGAAGCAGACAGUCACCUGGUUUGAUGAAAACAGUCAGACAGAAACGACAAGCGCAGGGACUGAUAAGCAGAGUUUACUACUUGCCAGUGAAAUGGAGUUUCCAGAACAGCCAGCAGUAAAUGUCACAGUGACCAGAGAUGACAGGACUGCAGAGAGAUCACUACCAGUGCUUUUUAAGAUUCGAGAAAACCAAUCCACAAUUUCAUGUACAGGUGGCAGUGGUGUAAUGCCUAGAGAGCCAAGCUAUCAGUUAGAACAGCAUAAUGACCACUGGCAUCCAGUGUGUAUAGACAGAAAUGCAGCCUCCACACCUCAUCUCUCUCACUGUCACACCAAACGCAAUGCAAGUACUUCACAACUAACACAUUGUCAGAUUAAGCAAGUUUUUACCAAGCCAUCGCAGUGGAAUGAUAGUCAAGACACUGCAGCUAUGUCACAGUUGACAAGUUCCCAAUAUAAAGGACCUACAUGUGCAUCAACAAAAAGUCGGGACAAAAUUUUCUGUCAGAAGAGAAUGUACAGUAUGAACCAGGAUUUUGUACAGAAAUGCUCCAAAAGUUGUGUGUGUGAUAAACCAGGCAUUGAGAAGUCAGACAGUGUGCCACGGCUUGGGUGUCAUUGUGAAGAGAGGAAAAAAAGUGCAGCUUUGACAAAUGCUUGUCCAGGAUUUCAGAAACGUUUUCAAAAGGAAAAAGACAAGCUGUUGUCACACCCAACACAAUCAGACAACCAUGACAAUCCAGUGUCACACCUAACACAAUAUCAUGUCAAUGAGCUGCCACAUAAUGUGCUGCUUAGAAUAUUCACAUGCCUCCCAUUACCAGAUUUGCUCUGCCGUGCUUCCCUUGUCUGUAAACUCUGGAGUACUCUGGCCAGAGACAGUGACUUAUGGAGGACAGUAAGAGUUAAAGGCUUUGUCAAGGUGGAUAAUGCUGUAUUAGAAAGACUGACAUCGUACAGUGAAAAUGUGUAUGAAGUGGACAUCACAGACUCUAGGCUAGUGAACAACAAAGGGGUGGCCUGUUUACUGAAAAACUGCAAGAGAUUGGAGGUCUUCAAGGCUUCAAGGUGCCAGCAGCUCUCAGACCAAGCUUUCUGUGAACUGAGUGACUGCAGGUUUUUAAAGCACCUCAACUUGGAGAACCUGCAUGCUUUAUCUGAUGUAGCACUGGCGAGGAUAUCCUGUAACUGCCCCAACCUGUCCCACAUUAGACUCAGCCAGGCACGAGAUAUAACAGACCACGGGGUCGUCCAGCUCUCUGAGGGGUGUCCACGGCUGAAGUCUGUUUGUCUUGACCAGUGCUUUUCUAUAAAGGAUCCUGGUAUUAUAAAGCUGACAGAACACUGCAGGAAUUUGGAAGAGUUAAGUUGUAUGUCAUGUGACUUGACAGACUGCAGUCUCUUUCACAUUGCUAAGCUACCAGAGCUGCGAGUCCUGGGGGUUUCCCAGGUGAAGAGACUGACCAGUGCCGGGGUCAUCGCAGUGGUCAAACAGUGUCCAAAACUGGAGGUGCUCAACUUGGGCCUGUGUUCUCAGAUAGAUGAUAUGUGUGUGGACAGCAUUGCCAAGUAUGGGACCAGACUGAAGAAUUUACACAUGGUCUCCUGUAGUCUUACUGAUCAAGCCCUUCAGAGCCUUUCACGCUGCAAACAGUUACAGCACCUGGACAUAGGCUGGUGUCAUGGCGUCACAGAUCACGGCGUGAAAACCAUCUCUGCCAGUGCUGCCAGCUUGCAGUUCUUGGGGUUAAUACGCUGUGAUCAGGUUACCACGGCAACAGUGGAGCAGCUGAUGGAGAUGUAUCCUAAUAUCCACUACUCCACCGUGAUGCUGGAGUUCAAACGACUGCUGGCCAAAGCACAACAAGAGAUUGGUAGAGACAGGGAAUUUCCACAGCUGGCAGCAAAAGUUCUACUCUGAAAUUCUUGACAUGACCAUUGAUUGCUCUUCACAGAGCGUCCGCCAAAAAGAUCUCUAUAUGUUGAUAAAAGUUCUAAGCCAUGCAAACAUGCUAAGAACCCGUCUUGUGAUUUGAAAUCAUCUAAAAGGCAGCUCACUUCAUUUUUUAACAAUGAAUUCUUCUUACAGUGGUGACUGUGGUUCUUGUUAAGGCAAAUACAUUUUGGUCAGAGAUUACAAUUGCUCAGUUGAUAGUUUGUAGAUUAGCAUGCUUCUUGAAGCAGAGUUAAGUUUGUAUUUUUCUUUUGCCCAUGUGUUAAUUAUAAAUGGGCUCCAGGUAAUGGGGUUUUCAAGAAGAUAUUGAUAUGUGAGACACUAUCAGCUGCUUUAAACCUGAUUUGUUUAUGUAUCUUUUAAUGGAAGAGAAGCAGUUACAAGUAACAUGAAGAACUUUUUGAUUACUAAGGAUAUUAUUUUUAUCCAGCCAUCUCUCUAACUCUUAGACCAUGUGUUUAAGCAAAGUAAAACUAGAUAUCAUUUUAAUUGUGAUAUAUUGAAGAAGCAUUGUAAGUCACAGUUCAUAUUGGAUUCAAUUUUUCUAGUUGGUAGUGUUAUGCAAUUUUAGCCCGACUUUAGCUUAAUUACAAGCAAGUGGAUUCAAAAACUCCAUAAUUUGAUAGUUGUAGGACCAAAAGGGCUAAUGUUUACAAAAUCUAAAAAAUAUUGAAAACCUAAAAAUAUCAGAACAGCAGAAUUUCAUUCUGUCCCUCAGUCCUAUGAAGAGUAAUUUUUAAUUCAAUUUUGUUAACAAAUGUGUUGUUUGCUGUUAAGUUUUUUUUAAAAAACAAUAUGUCUUAAGGUGGGUGUGUACUUCUGCAGGCAGUAUGCUAUAUUAAAAUUCAGAUAUACUGGGUACUGUUUCAUUUAUUAUAAUAUUUAUAAUAAGAUUCAUGUAUCACUUGCCUGUAUUUAGCAAGUGUGGCAGUUAAAUGAUUUUGUCUGAGCUGUGGCUUUCGCACUUUUGAUACUUUUUAUAGUUGCUUAUCUCUGCUCAACAUAUUAUUAUAUGGUGGUGGAAAAUUUUGUGACAAGUACUAAAAUACUAAUGCCAAUGAUUGUUAUUGUGACAGUACUUGACAAGUACUAAAAUACUAAUGCCAAUGAUUGUUAUUGUGACAGUACUUGACAAGUACUAAAAUACUAAUGCCAAUGAUUGUUAUUGUGACAGUACUUCAAAAGUACCAUUAGUUUAACAUCUUUUAGUUUCAAUGUAUUUAUUCAAAUCAUGAUAUCAAAUUACAAUACAUAUAUGACGUGAUUGUCUGUAAUUCAAGAAGAUGAUAUAUAGAUAAUUGUAAAGAACAAAACCUUUUACAAUAAUGAGGUAAAUAGGCCUACUGCGAGAUCACAAACACAUGAAAAUAUAGAAACAAUAUCGUACUUUUAGUCUUUGUUGUUUAAACUUGGCUAACUUUUAUCACCUUGCAACACAAGACAUC